UAAGCUAGCGUUUUUACUUCUUUGUAAAAUGUUAUCUCAGUGUCGUAAAAUCGAACAAUCGUAACUUCAGUUAAUUCUUUUUUGCGUAAAAUAAAUAAGAUAACCAUCGUAUACUUUAAAAACUAAGAUCUUGGUUUGGCGACAACAGUAGAGGUACCUGUUGCAGAAUUGUUCAGUGCUCGCGUCUAAACAAGCUCCUGGGUUAAUGUUUGCAAGAUGAUUACUCAACUCGACGAUAUCUGAAGAAUUUUACCUAAGCGCAUGGUAGAUAGUAGUUUUGUUGACGACAAGAGGCAGUGAAAGGGAGAAAAAAACCAUGAAUUCUACUUAUCCGCAAAAUUUGCCCGUUGACGCAAUUAGUUUUAGAAUAAUGGAUGACGAAGGCAACAUCACAAAGGAAUCCAUAAAACAAUGUUUGAUUCCCCCAUAUCCGGCAAAAUACAUUAUAAAUAUUAUAGCCACCGUUAUAAGUGUGACGAUUCUAUUGCUCAUCUACUAUGGCAUCAUACCGACUCACGAGCAAGGAUUCUUUUGUAGAGAUCCAUUAUUCUCUCAUAAAUAUCAAGGCAACACGGUUACCCCCUUAUUUUUGGCAUUCGGAAUUCUUUUCCUCAUUGCGCUUGUAUUAACCACCCAACACUGUAUAAGAAAAGGUGCAAGAGCGAUCGUAACAUGGGAAUUCAUCUACGAAAAUUAUUACCUCGCAAAAUAUUUUGUCCUGGGUGUUGUGUUAGUCGGGGCGAUAACAGAAAUAGCGAAAUCUAUAAUCGGAGAACACAGGCCCGACUUUUUUGACGUUUGUAAACCAGAUACUAGUGUUAACUGCACGGAAGGCGUAUACAUCUACACAUUUACCUGUACGAAUAAUGAAUUCGGAACUAUGGAUUUGGUCGAUGCUUCAAGAUCCUUUCCAAGCGGACAUUCGUCUAUAGCCUGGUUUAUAGCCAUUUACUGUGCUUAUAUCAUUCAAGUUCGGCUACCAGUGAAGACUACCGGAAGCUUCUUCAAGAUAUUUAUGAUUGUCGUUUGCGUGUCUUGGGGUUCUCUUUGUUCGCUGACCAGAAUUACCGACAGAAGACAUCAUUGGUGGGAUGUUUUGUUUGGUACUGUUAUUGGAAUUCUUGGAGCUAUGUAUGUAAUCGUAGUUACGGAAAAUAAAUACAAAGAAGUGAUGACUGAAACUGUCACCCGAGAGAGAUCCAGAACCGAUUUCUGCGAUGCCUAAAAAUUCUAGAUUCAAUUGACUAGGUUAUACUGACUUAUUGAUUUUAAAACCUAUAGAGUUUUGAAUUGAUCAGAUGGUGUAGCUCCAGUAACAUUGUAGGUCUGUGAUAUUAGUGCGUUUAUUGUAAAAAGACGUUUUCAAUAAAAUUAUUUCAUUAUGU